AUGACUUCCACGGCAGACCGACUGGCCCAUCAGCAGGACAGGGAACAAGGCGCUGGCACUAACCAGAAGGCAGUGAAGUUCUCCCAACAGGAUUAUGAGACUCUGCGCCAGCAGUGUCUGGAGCGUGGAUGCCUGUUUGAGGACAGCUGCUUUCCAGCUGAGCGUAAAUCACUGGGCUACAAUGAGCUGGGACCAUACUCACCCAAAACCAGGGGCAUUGUCUGGAAAAGGCCAACGGAGCUGUGCUCAAACCCAAAGUUCAUUGAUGAUGGAGCCACAAGAACGGACAUUUGCCAGGGAGCUCUGGGUGACUGCUGGCUUCUGGCUGCAAUCGCCUCUCUGACUCUAGACCAGCGGAUCCUGACUCGCGUGGUUCCCCAUGGACAGAGUUUCACUGAAGGUUAUGCUGGGAUAUUUCACUUCCAGUUUUGGCAGUUUGGUGAGUGGGUGGACGUUGUGGUCGAUGACCGUUUACCUACCAGAGAGGGAAAGCUGCUGUUCGUUCACUCAGCGGAGGGCGCAGAGUUUUGGAGCGCGCUGCUCGAGAAGGCCUACGCCAAGGUGAAUGGCUGCUAUGAGGCCCUGUCAGGAGGAAACACUAUUGAGGGUUUUGAAGAUUUCACAGGAGGGAUCGCAGAAGUCUACACCUUAGGCAACGCUCCAUCAAACCUCUUCCAACGUAUGCAGAGAGCCCUGAAACUGGGAUCACUGAUGGGUUGCUCUAUCAAUAUCACCAAUGCCUAUGAGACAGAGGCAGUGACAGUUCGCAAACUUGUCAAAGGACAUGCGUACUCAGUCACUGGUGCAGAGGAGGUUGAUUAUCGUGGAAGGCCAGUUCAACUGGUCCGCCUCAGGAACCCAUGGGGUCAGGUGGAGUGGACUGGGUCUUGGAGUGAUCGAUCCAGCGAAUGGAGCCAUAUUAGUGAAGAUCAGAAAUCAAAGUUGAACCACGUGGCUGAGGAUGGAGAGUUCUGGAUGUCUUAUUCAGACUUCAUGAGGCAGUUCUCCAGUCUGGAGAUCUGUAACUUGACCCCAGACACGCUGAUGAGCGACGAUGUGGGCCACUGGAACAACUACCAGUUUGAAGGGAUGUGGAGGGUGGGCUCCACCGCUGGCGGCUGCCGCAAUUACACAGCCACGUUCUCAUCCAACCCUCAGUUCAUGGUGCGUCUGGAGGAUGUGGAUGAUGACCCACUGGACGGAGAGGAUGGGUGCACCUUUCUGGUGGGGCUGAUGCAAAAGGACGGUCGACAGCAGAGGAGGCUUAACCGCAAUCUUCAGACCAUUGGUUAUGCCAUUUAUGAGGUCCCAGAUCAGUACAAAGGCUGCAGCAAUGUUCACCUGGGUCCAGACGUGCUGCUGCUACAGAGAGCUGUGGCCAGGAGCAGCACUUUCAUCAACACACGGGAAGUGUGUGACCGCUUUAAACUUCCUCCAGGAGAAUACGCCAUAGUCCCCUCCACCUUUGAGCCUCACAAGAAUGGCAGCUUUCUUCUCAGAGUGUUCUCAGAGAAACAGGCUGCAACCAGUCCACUGGAGGAGAACAUUGAAGCUCAAAUAGAGGAGGAGGAGGUGUCUGAGAGUGAUGUGGAUCCUCAUUUCAAGCACCUCUUCAAGCAAAUUGCUGGCAAUGACAUGGAGGUAUCAGUCUUUGAACUGGUUCGAAUUUUGAACAAUGUCGUCUCUCACCGGUCUGACAUCAAAACAGACGGCUUCAGCCUCGAGACAGGCCGUCUCAUUGUCAGUCUGCUGGAUAAAGAUGAGAGUGCCAUGCUGGGCCUGAUGGAAUUCCACUUGCUUUGGAGCAAAAUCCAGAAAUACCUGAAGAUCUUCAAGAAUCACGACACAGACAACUCAGGCACCAUGAGCUCCCACGAAAUGAGAGGCGCUGCCACUGAAGCAGGUUUCCACGUCAACAGUACCGUGCUGCAGGCCAUUGUCAGUCGUUAUGCCGAUGCUCAGUACGCCAUAGAUUUUGACAGUUUUGUCGGCUGUCUCAUUAAACUGGAAAUGCUCUUCAAAAUGUUUAAGACUCUGGAGAAAGCUGACACAGGGAAGAUUGAGCUGGAUAUGCAACAGUGGCUGUGCUUGGCGAUCUACUUUCUUGAUAUGUCUGGAAUGGCAAAUCGACUUAAGCACAACCGAGACAAAUCACAUGGGAUAGGAUCCAACAGCCAGGCGGUGAAAUACCUCAACCAGGACUAUGAAGAGCUGAAGAGAUGCUGUCUGGAGCAAGGGCGGCUAUUUGAGGAUGAGUACUUUGAGGCUUUUCCCUCAUCCUUAGGCUUCAAAGACCUUGGACCAAACUCCUACAAAAUACGGGGCGUCACCUGGAAAAGGCCCACGCAAUUGUGCAACAAUCCAAAGUUCAUAGUUAAAAAUGCAACCAGGACUGACAUUUGCCAAGGAGCACUUGGUGACUGCUGGCUCCUGGCAGCUAUCGCCUCUUUGACCCUCAACAAACAGGUUUUGUCUCGUGUUGUCCACCAUGACCAAAGCUUUGAUGAAGAGUACGCUGGCAUCUUUCACUUUGAGUUCUGGCAGUUUGGUGAGUGGGUGGAUGUGGUGGUUGAUGACCGCUUGCCUACCAGAGAUGGAGAGCUGCUGUUUGUUCACUCAGCAGAGGGCUCAGAGUUUUGGAGCGCACUGCUGGAGAAGGCCUAUGCCAAGCUAAACGGAUGCUACGAGGCUCUUUCUGGAGGCACCACCACUGAGGGUUUUGAGGACUUUACUGGAGGCAUUGCUGAGAGGCAUGAUCUGAACAGGGCAGAUCCCCACCUCUUCCAUAUCAUUCAGAAGGCUUUGGAUAGAGGUUCACUACUGGGAUGCUCCAUCGAUGUUUGUUUGAGCUUUUUAUUUCACUCUCAUGUUGUUGGUGUCUUUAUAAUAUCUGGCCGUCUUUAGUUUACAAGCCUUUCCUCUCCAUCACAGAUUACCAGCGCCUCUGACUCAGAAGCUGUCACAUAUCGCAAACUGGUGAAGGGCCAUGCCUACUCUGUGACCGGAGCGGAGCAGGUGAGCUUCAGAGGAGACAUGGAGAAACUGAUCAGGAUUAGAAACCCAUGGGGUCAGGUGGAGUGGAAUGGAGCCUGGAGUGACACGUCGUCUGAGUGGAGAUAUGUGAGCAGCGAUGACCUGGAGAGGCUGCACGACCGUUGUGAGGAUGGGGAGUUCUGGAUGUCAUUUAACGAAUUCCUGCGCCAAUAUUCUCGCCUUGAGAUCUGCAACCUCACCCCUGAUGCUCUCACGGGCGAUGAGUUCAAGAAAUGGGCAGAGAUAGAGUUUGAGGAGACGUGGAGAAGGGGCGUGUCAGCUGGUGGUUGCAGAAAUUAUCCACAUUCCUUCUGGAUGAAUCCACAAUUUGCCAUAAAGCUGGAGGAGGCCGAUGAUGACCCUGAUGACGGUGAGGAUGGCUGCACCUUCAUUGUGGGCUUGAUGCAAAAGAACAAGCGCCGUAAUAGGAAAAUGGGGCAGGACAUGGACACCAUCGGCUUUGCUAUCUAUGAGCUGCCUGAGGAGUUCCACGGACAAAGGCAAGUGCACCUGGAUAAAAACUUCUUCUUACGCAACUGCUCAAAGGCGCGCUCUGAGACAUUCAUCAACCUGCGAGAAGUAUGCAACCGCUUUUGUCUUCCCCCUGGAGAAUACCUCAUCAUCCCCUCUACCUUUGAGCCCAACCAUGACGGAGACUUUUACGUGCGGGUUUUCUCUGAGAAGCCGGCUGAUUUCCAAGAGAUUGAUGAUCCUGUUGACUGCCACGUUGAGAAGAUUGACAUUGAUGAAGAUGACAUCAGCGACAGAUUCAAAAGACUGUUUGGACAACUUGCUGGACAUGAUGUGGAAAUUUCUGCGUUCGAGCUGCAGAGAAUCCUCAACAGAGUGAUUGUGCGGAGAGAUGACAUCAAAACCACUGGGUUUAGCCUGUCAACUUGCCGCAACAUGGUCAAUCUGCUGGAUAAAGAUGGAAGCGGCAAGCUGGGAUUGGUGGAAUUCAAGAUCUUGUGGACAAAGAUUGAGAAGUUCCUGGAUCUGUACAAAGAGAGAGACGCAGACCAAAGUGGCUGUAUGAGCUCCUCUGAGAUGCGGAUGGCUGUUCAGGCUGCAGGUUUCUCUCUCAACAAUGCUCUGCAUCAGAUAAUUGUGGCCCGCUACAGUGAACCAAACCUCACCAUUGACUUCGACAACUUUGUGUGCUGCAUGAUCCGCUUGGAGUCACUCUUCAACACCUUCAAGUCCCUGGACGAGAAGGAGUCUGGCAGGAUAGAGUUGCAUUUUAUGGAGUGGAUUGAUCUGGCAAUGUUGUAGAGGAGCUCUCACUAUUGAAGAAUCAUCAUAUCUGAUUAUUUGCAUGUUUUCAGUUAGACUUUAGUUAUUGUUCAGUUUUUGUUUUUUGGUGAACUUAAUCAGUGGAUUUCUGAUCUUGGGGGAAAAUAAUGUCUAUGAGUUUGAUUAUUAUACACUAACAUAAUAAAACCACAGUGUCCCAAAAA